AUGGGUGUGAUGAAUGGAACCACCGUGUCAAAUGGCUCAAGUGUGGACCAAGACCACUGUGAUGCCUACUGCAGAACAAUUCUGGCAACAGCCUAUAGUGUGGUUUUAUUUGGAGGCAGCCUUGGAACAGUGAUGAUGUCACGCAUGAUGUUCAAAAGGAAUAGCCAAUCAGCGAUUGCCACGAUCAUCAUUAACAUCAUUGUGCUGCACUCCCUCCUCCUGGUUACUCUGCCAUUCCGCCUCAGCUACUAUCUCUCAGCAGUCUGGAAGCUUGGGUCUUUUACCUGCCGAGUGGUUAGUGGUGUCAUAUAUGGUCAUAUGUACUUUACCUUUGUUUUCUAUGUGGCCAUUGUCACACUUCGGUUACUCAUCUAUUUUAAGAAACUCCAAAUGCAACAGUUACAGAAGUUCCAUGCCGUGGUCCUAAGUAUUAUUAUUUGGAUGGUGGGAAGCUUCAUCUUUUUGCCGAUAUUUUUUUUACAGUACGGCACAGAUCCAAGUUACGUAGAACAACAGCGAUGUUUUGAAUUUCACAGAUCUCUCAACUGUACGGAUAUCAUCAACUUGAACUAUUCUAUGAUUGCCAUUAUGAUGACAACCGUUCUAGUCCUCUUUCUGAUACAGCUGGCUGUCAUUCUGUGUUUGAUAAGAGACUAUUGGCCCAAUAUGUGGGCCCAUCAAGAGUACAGAGCCCAAAUCAAGAGCUUCUUCUUCCUGAUAGUCAUAGUUGUCUGCUUUAUACCUCACCAUGCAUUCAGGGUAUAUUUUAUUCAAAAUUAUCCAGAAGAAAAUAAUUCUAAGUUAAUACUUUACAAUGAAAUCUGUGUUGCUUUAACGGCCUUCUGCUGUCUGGAUAUGUUGUGUUUCAUAGGUGGCAUCAUCCAUUAG